AGGCAAAGCUGCAGUGGUGCGAGACGGCGACGGGCUGCGCUACGAUGCGCCCGAAGACGCUGAGUGUCAGGACGUGUUGGUUCGAUCCUUUGUGCCACGAGUGCCUGUGCCGCUUUUCCUGCCAGAGGAGCCUUGCCAGGUUGCGUUCUGGCUGGGAUCAGCUGGAAACAACUUUGGUCUUCAUAGUGACCUCUUCUGUGAGCAGUUUCUCGCCCAGCAUCAGGGGGCGAAGGAAGUGCUGCUGCUUCUCCCAGAAGAUGCUGCAGAGGUUCAGCCGUUCCCAUUUCUGCAGAGCCCGCUUUGGUACAAGUCCAGCGCGCGAACUGUGGCAUCUUUGAAGCUUUCCUUGCCCGGAUUACGAGCUGUGCUGCAGCCCGGAGAUGUGCGCACGGUGCAUGGGCCUUCGGUGUCCAGCACCUUCCGAUUCCACACGGAGGAUGCGGAGCGCUUUGCCAAAGUUAUGAACGCCUUCUACCAGUUUCACAAGAAUGCCAAGGAGUACGGCUCAGGAUCGUACUUUGCCUGCGCCUUCGACGCGGAGGGCAGGGCUGAAGGCACCAAGCAAGGGAAAUCAGGCGGCCGCCUUUGGCUCUUGGCGGCUGGCCUGGUGCUGGGUUGGAUGCUGCGCCAAGGCUUCCGCUGACGGGAAAAGAGCGCUGGCUGUCGGGCCCGCGGCCCUCGCCGCCAAUCAAAGCCCGGUUCAGCAAAGGUAGAGCGCGAGGAUGGUCCCAACAGUAGAGACUUCACGAGUUUUCGGUCGGCCUCUCAGCACCAGGCUUUUCAUUUGUCUGCUUUAGAGUGGCGCUGGACCGAAGACUGCCAACGCGAUAGAUGCAUGUAGGGCGUUUGAGACUUAUGCUGCACAUUUUAGUGCCUCAUCUGGGCGUGCCUGCUUGCAUGCGUAAAGGCAAAACGGUUGAGGUGCCCGUAGUUGAGCAUGCCCGCUGGGUCACAGCCAGGAGAUACAGACAUUGACCGGCGACUGCGAGGAGACAGACGACUGAGAUGUGACAGUCCGGUCGGGUGAGCGAAUGCAUGAUGGCGCAGCUAGUGCCCGAACACUGGACUGGGGACCUUUUGGGAGAUC